GACUGCAAUCUCCUUUGCGUCAAUGGACCUUAAAUCCCCAGAGUUUAAAGAGGGUCUCAAAAUAUUUACGUUUAACUCAAGUACAACAGCCGAGGAAGUUGUGCAGUUUUCAACUGGCGAACAAUUGUGAGACAUUAAAAAGAAGUUCAUCUAUUUUUUAAAAAAAUGACAAAAUCUAGUACCAUUUCUAAAUUUUUAUGUUAUAUUUUUAUAACACAUUUUUAGAGCAGUGGUUCUCAAAUUGGAUGUUGAUAAAUGUUACGGUAUGGGGUUGAUUAUAAGCUUGUACCAAAUAAAUACCCUGGGGCUCGCAACAACCGGAGUGAAUUCAGUUUAUGAAUGGCACUGGGUGCCAUAAUUCCUCCUACAACACUUUAAAAAUGGCCUUCCCAGUUCAAAAAGUAUAAUAGAACCAUUGAUUUCAUGUAUCGUUAAAUAAAAAUGCACCUCUUGAUUUUAAAGUAAAAAAGCUCCAGCUAUGAUGAUACUUCGGCGCCCUUGAUUUCCGCUCUACAUCCCGAUGAAAAUGAUCGCCGAUUUCGGUAUCGAUAGAUACACUGGCUAGUGGCAUAGCUACUAUUAAUGUCACCAUAGGCGGCCAAACAUUUCAAACAGUUUUGCAGCCCUCCCUUUCACGAUACAAACUCUGCAAUUGUUCAAAAAUGCCACACGUGUAUAUCAGAAAAAGUGAAACCUCGGUGACAUCCCAUCCGCCUUAUUUCGACACUGCUAUCAGGGGCCCAUCUAGAGUUUUUGGCGUCAGGGGACAAGAUAAAUAUCUACGCCCCUCCCCCGCUCAACUCUGAAAUUCAUUAUUUUCAACCAUUAAAUAUCAUCAAAGUCCAUUUACCCGACCCCCCCCCUUGCUUGUCUGACGCUCCGGGACAUAUAUCCCAUCUGCCACCCCUUAGCUACGCCUCUGGCAGCUUACACUGCCACCCCUCCCGAGUGUCUAAACAGAUUCCCAGAUUUUGAGCAUGUUCGUAGACUUAAUGAGCGAGAUAUAUUCAUGUCAAGCAUAUUCUACAUACAAUUUGCUAGAACAACUAUGAACUAUAUCCGAGUUCUUGGUGCAAGGUAAGAUACUCAAACGUUAAGUCUGGGCGACCGCUUUUUUGUGUUUAACUUAGAUAUGAUAGAAACAAAUGCGAGCCUACUCUGUUCAAUUUUCAGUUUUCACAUUUGGUGUAAGCCCUUGCUGUGAAGGAGUCACCCUUGUGAGGGUGUCUGUUUAUUUUGGCUUACUUCAUAAUUUAGGAUUACCUCUUCAUUUAGGUUUUCUGUUAGUUUUUGCUACACUUAAAUUUUUAUUACGUCUUAGAAUGAGCUCUUUAUCAAGUUUCUAAUAAAGUGGUUUUAGAUCGAUAUGGUAUUGAUUUCUUGCUCACAGACCAAUGGAAAGGCUCAUGGAAAAGCUGAAGUGUCAUAUCCUGGGAAAGGACUCAAAAACAUCUCAUUUCUUGUUUGAAAAGGGAGGAAAUUUAGGUAUGAGCUUACAUACACUGAUUUUCAUACUAUACAAUUGGGUUAUUCCCCAUAGGCAUCUUUGUUAACAUUUUAUUUAUUUAAUAAGUUUAAGUGGCACUUUUAGCUUCAAAGUUAGACUAGAAUAUGUGUCAUUUAUUUUUUCCAUCAUCUUUGUCAAUUUGUUUUAAUGUAUUUCAUUUUUUUUUCCAAAUUUAAUAAUGUAAUUUUACUAGGGCUGCGAGGCUAAGAAAUUAUAUGAGUUGAUUGCUUGCUUUCCCUUCUACUAACUAUUCUUACACUCUGUUUUUAAUAACUAUUCUUACACUUUGUGUCUAAUCACUAUUCUUACACUUAUUUUCUAAUAACUGAGUUUCAUACUAUACAGCGUCAUUUAUUUUUCUAUCAUCUUUGUCAAUUUGUUUUGUUUAAUGUAUUUCAUUUUUUUUUUCCAAAUUAAUAAAUUGUAUUGUACUUCCGGCUUAAACAAGAUGGCGGAAGAAAAAAAACAAAUAUAACACAAAUGGAAGGAAGCAUGGAUUUACAAGAAAUUAAUGGAUGGAAAUGGUCCUUUAUGUGGAAUAUAUCCUUAAAAAUCUGCACAGAAUCAGAAUCUUUGUUUCAGAUAAGUAAUUUCCUUUCAAUAAAAUUUCGUUGACAAAAUCUCCAUUAUCAUUAUGCAAAGGAUAACUUCCGGCCACAACAAGAUGGUGGUAUAAUAUACACAAAAGUCAUGGAGAGGUAUGGGCACUAGAUACGCUACAUGUACAUGAGAACAGUUUCGCAAUCUAUACCGGAUCGGCCGUCACCCGGUUACCAAGGACCGCGCCUACCUUCGUUGACCGAGACGGAGGUGGAAAAUAUGCUACUGGUCAGCCAAGAAACAGUAUCAGUGCCAGGAAUAACAUAAUACUAGGUACCUAGAACGUGAGAUCGUUGAGAGAAACGGGCAAGGUGGAGGAAUUAGUUCAUGAAAUGAGCAGAUACAGAAGGGACACCCUAGGUCUGUGUGAAAUGAGAUGGAAAAACUUUGGAGAAAUAUCGACCCAGGAGGGCCACAUACUGUAUUUUAGUGGCCGGAAGGACACACACGCACAAGGAGUUGGCUUCCUCGUCCACAAAAACAUUAAGAACAGUAUUAUGAGCUGUCGACCGGUUUCGAGCCGGCUCAUCACUCUUCGUCUAAGGGCAACACCAUUCAACAUCAACAUGUGCAGGCGUAUGCACCAAGUACAGAUUAUACUGACGAAGAGUUAGACGACUUCUAUCAUCAGCUACAGGAUGUGCUAAACCGAACACCCAAGAAGGACGUUCUUGUUGUUGUUCAAUGAGGCUUUUGGAAUUCGCCAGCUUCAACGAACUCAUUCUGGCCAACACAUUGGAUGAACAUAAAAUGUCCAGGAAAACCACAUGGCACAAACCCAAUGGGAAACACAACCAGAUUGACUACAUCAUGUUGCAAGCACGCUUCCGGUCUAGUAUAAACAUUGCCAAGUCUCACAGCUUCCCUUGAGCUGACAUCAGGAGCGACGACGACCUAGUCAUGAUGACCUAUAGGCUACACUUAAAGAGGGUAAACAAAAAAGGAAAUACAAGAAUUAAAUUCGACCUUGAUUGCUGAAUGAUGGAUCCUAAAGUAGCAGAAGCCUUCCAGGCAAUAAUAGGAGGACAAUUUGCAGCGUUUAAUAUCAUAAAUGCCGACUGUUCAGACAUGGACACAUUGAUUGAUAACUUCAACACAGCUGUGACGGACACAGCUCACGACAUCCUUGGUAAACAUCAACCAACCCGAAAUCCAUGGGUGACAGCUGACAUACUUGAUCUGUGUGAUAAACGGAGGCAGUUAAAGAAAACAAAAAUGAUAAAUACAGAGCGGGCCAUUAAAUAUAGGACAGUUAAUCAAACCAUCAAAAAAGGAAUGAAAAGGGCAAAGAAGAACUGGAUUGAAGAGCAAUGCUACGUCAUUGAAAACUGCUUGAAUCAAAACAAUAGCAAAAAAGCUUACCAGUUGGUGAAAGAACUAACCACUGCAAAACAAGGACGUAGUACAACCGUACGGGAUAAAAAUGGUAAAUGUUUAACUGAAGAAAAUGAUAUCAUCAAACGAUGGACUGAAUACUGUUCGGAGUUGUAUCAUGAAAGUAUAAAGAUAGACCCAGAGAUCCUUAAUGUCCCACCAGCAACAGACAAUUAUAACUACCCUAUUCUCCGCGCAGAGGUAGAAGCAGCAGUCCAAGCAUUCCAAACAGGAAAGGCCGCAGAAGUGGAUAAUAUCCCUGCCGAGUUGGUGAAACAAGGAGGAGAGGGAAUGAUAACUACCCUAUUCAUAUUUUUAGCAAAAUAUGGCUUACAGGGGAAUGGCCCAAACCAUGGACCCAAUCGCUCAUCGUCACCCUCCCCCAAAAAAGGUAACCUACAGCUAUGCCAAAACUAUCGCACCAUUAACCUAAUAAGCCAUCCAAGCAAGGUCAUGCUGAAGAUCAUAUUGAACCGACUAAAACCAUACACCGACAGAAUCAUUGCUGAAGAACAGGCGGGCUUCAGACGAGGACUGGGCACUACUGAGCAUAUUCUAAACCUCCGAAUACUAUGUGAGAAAUAUGCUCAACACCAACAAAAUCUAUAGCACGUCUUUGUUGACUUCAAGAAAGCAUUUGACAGGGUUUGGCAUGCUGCUUUAUGGGCCACCAUGAGGCACUACAAAAUCAACACAAACCUAACCAGCAUGAUAUGCAACCUCUAUGAUAAGGCCACCAGUGCAGUCUUCCUCAACAACAACAUCGGAGAAUGGUCCAAGACCACGGUUGGAGUAGGACAAGGCUGCCUGCUCUCCCCCAACCUAUUCAACAUCUUCCUAGAGAGAAUUAUGUCAGAUGCUCUGGAAGCGCAUGAAGGGACAGUCAGCAUUGGUGGCGAAACAAUCACCAACCUACGCUUUGCCGACGACAUAGACGUGCUGGCUGGGAAGGAAGAAGAACUAGCCGACCUGGUAAAACGUCUCGAUAAGACCUCGUCGUCCUACGGCAUGCUAAUCAGUGCCGAAAAGACAAAACUGAUGACAAAUAAUACCGCAGGCAUCACCACUGAAAUUAAGGUUGGGGGGGGGGGAGAGGAAGAUUAGAGACUGUCGGCCGCUUCAAAUACCUAGGAGCAAUAGUCUCAGAACAAGGCUCCAACCCGAACUGAUGUCCAGGAUUGCGCAGACUACAACAGCACUAAAAAAUCUCAAGAAAAUAUGGAAUGACAAAAAUAUAGCUCCCAGCACGAAAAUCAGGCUGAUGCGCUCAUUAGUCAUCUCCAUUUUCCUUGAUGCCUGUGAAUCCUGGACAUUAACAGCCGAUCUUGAAAGGAAAAUAAAAGCGAUGGAGAUGAGAUGCUUCAGAAGCAUUUUUGGCAUCUGCUAUAGGGAUCAUAUCUCCAAUGAUAAAGUGAAAGAAAGGUUCGUCAGGCAAUUGGGGAGUAGGGGUAAUAAGAGGAGAGACUGCAAUCAGGUUAGUACAAAAUAAAAUGAGUAAAACAGAGUAUGGUUAAACCUGAAAAAUUAAACGCAACAAAACAGCGAACGUGUCGGCAGAAAGCCUUCGUCAGCGAACAAAACAACAGAAAAAAGUUAUAAAAAUAAGAAAUAGCACUUAGCUGGUAAGUAGUAUCUGUGGGCAGCAAUAGAAGUGUGGGGAGUACGAUGACGUACUGAUGACUGUGAAAAAACGUAAAUUACAAUGGUACGGCCACGUAACAAGGAAACAAGGGCUUGCCAAAGAAAUAUUGCAGGUCAUCACAAGAGGGGGGAGAAGAAGAGGAAGACAAAGGAAAAGGUGGGAGGAUAACAUCAAAGAGUGGACAGGACUAACACUUUGCAAUGCAGUACGUAGUGCUGAAGACAGAGAGGAAUGCAGGAGGAUGUUUCACAUGUCAUCUGUGGCGCCCCAACGGUCCAAGGACUAAGGGAUAUGAGGAUGGUUCACAUGUCAUCUGUGGCGCCCCAACGGUCCAAGGACUAAGGGACAUGAGGAGGAGGAAUAAUGUAUUGUUACUAGGGGUGCAAGGCAAAGAAAUUAUAUGAGUUGAUUGCUUGCUUUCACUUCUACUAACUAUUCUUACACUUUGUUUCUAAUAACUAUUCUUAUACUUUCUUUCUACUAACUAUUCUUACACUUUGUUUUUACAAAAUUUUCUAACACUUUGUUUCUAAUAACUAUUGUUACACUUUCUUUCUACUAAAUAUUCUUACACUUUGUUUCUACCCAGUGGCGUAGCGAGGGGGUGCGGAGUGGAUGCAGACUGCACCGGUUGACACCAUUUUAGGGGUGACACCAGACUGAAAAAUUCCAUAUUUACAGAGCAAACACUGCUCGGUCUAACUAAGAUUCAUAAAAGGAUAACCAAUCACACAUACAUUUUUCACAAAUGUAACCAAUCCAAAUGCGUGCUUUAUUAAAAGUUCAAGGUUGAUGCGUCAUAAAUGAGAUGACCAUACAUUUAGGUUUGAAAAACACAGUAAUUAUGCCACGCCGAUUGAAGUAUUCAGUAACUUUCGUAAGUGACAGAAAUCUAUAUUUACCUAAAUCCUGAAAAAUAAGGCUUCCCAUUGAUACCAAAUACGAUAUGGUCGGGUUAUUCUAAGUAUAAGAAUCGGUAAAAAUAAAGAAAUAAUAAAAAUAAAUUUUUACCCAAUUUAUAAGGUUUAACAAAAUUUAAUAUUUGACAAAAUGUUCAAUCUUUUAAUGACAAAUUCUUAUUUAUUCACAUUUAAAAAGUGAAAGUUUUUUGAAGACAUCUAUAAUAUUAUAUUAUAUAUCGAAACCCAUCGAUACUCAAAAAUUAAUAUUUUUCCCAAUUUAUUCAAGAUUAAUAUAUCAUGCCACACGGCGUGCACAAAUCUAAAGGCCAAGUGGCAGUCAGCAGUGAAAAGCAAAAAAGAAAAUACAUGUCUCACAAAAAUUUUUACCAGAAUAUUUGCUUCAAUAUCAAGAAACCCAAUGAUGACCAGAAUCAGGAGUCAUCAAAAGACUUUCCUCAGCCUACCAUUGAUACUGAUUCUCCCGCUACCAGUAGCAUCCAUUCUUUUCAGCAAAUUGUGGGGAAAAUGGAAGGGAUGAACGUGAAAACACAAUUAAAAACAUGGAUGGUUUGGAAACAGAAAGGCCUACUUCCAAUGUUGAUUCAAACCAAGAUAAUAUAAGUUUAAUGGUUAAUGACAAAACGGGCACAUUUGAUCAGAUGCUUCUCUCUUGGAUGUAUCAGUUUCAGAUUAUAUUUGGGUCUGAAAUUAUUCAAAUAUUGAGUACCUCAUUUCAGAACAAGGACGGACGAUUCAGCAUUGUGACGAGGCAAGAUUCGAAAUCUAAAGGAGGUGUGAGCCAACUAACAAAUCAAUGGAUCUACGGGGUGAUGCAAAUUGGCCAUAGAUGAUAUCUAAGUAUGACCCAUUGCUAAAAGAGCUUCUCAAGGUGUACAUCUACAGAAAAAGCAUCCGCAUCUUACCUUUCAUCAGAAACUCAAAAUGAUUUAUAAAUGUCCUUGCAAAUCAUGUGAAGGAGAUUCUUAACAUGGAUAUAAAGAAAGCGAGGUAUUUUGGAGUUAUGCUCAAGAGUACAUCAGAUGUAUCACACAUUGACCAGAUGUCUGAAGUGAUCAGAUAUGUGAAAAAUCACAAUGGGAAAGUUGAAGUGAGAGAAACGUUUCUUAGUUUUUUCCUGUUAAGAGGGAAAAAAGCUGAUUUCUCAUUUCUGACAUUCUUACAAAUCUAGCAGAGCUCAGGGUUACGAUAAUGCUGCCACAAUGUCUGGAAUCCAUGGAGGUGUUCAGACUAUUAUGAAAAGAAAUAACAAGAAAGCAAUUUUAAUGGAUGGGUGACCCAUUCACUUAACUUGUGUGGUCAACACUUCUUUGCAGAAAAUGCUACAUUACAUUUUUCGGUACUGUUGAAAGAAUAUUUUCCUUCUUUGCUGCAUCCAAUCAUCGAUGGAAUGUGCUGAUUGAACACACCGGAAUUUCGUUGAAAAGAAUGUCAACAACGCGUUGGAGUGCUCAUCAUGCUGCUGUUAAAACAGUGAAAGAUUGGUUUGAUGAAUGUGUGGCGGUGAUUGAAGCUCCGUAUAUUCAUCUUGAAAAUUUGGAUACAAGAGGUACAGCACAAGGUCUUUUACAUGCUGUCUGUGAUGAUACAAGAGGUACAGCACAAGGUCUUUUACAUGCUGUCUGUGAUGAUGCAAGAGGUACAGCACAAGGUCUUUUACAUGCUGUCUGUGAUGAUACAAGAGGCACAGCACAGGGUCUUUUACAUGCUGUCUGUGAUGAUACAAGAGGUAAAGCACAAGGUCUUUUACAUGCUGUCUGUGAUGAUACAAGAGGUACAUCACAAGGUCUUUUACAUGCUGUCUGUGAUGAUACAGGAGGUACAGCACAAGGUCUCUUACAUGCUGUCUGUGAUGAUACAAGAGGUACAGCACAAGGUCUUUUACAUGCUGUCUGUGAUUGCACGUUUAUCUGCUACCUUUGACUAUGGGCUGAUCUACUUGAGGAAGUUAAUUUUACACAGCAGUAUCUGCAGACUAAUUGCUUUAUUCUUGACAAAGUGGUGACAAACCUAGUGGCCUUAAGAUUGUUUCUGCACGAGAAGCGCUGUCACUUGGUGGAACAUGCUAUUGAAAAGGCACUUUUAAAGUCAGACCAAUAUGGAAUUUUGGUAGCGAGAAGAUUAAGAUUUAAGAAGAGAAUAGCAGGGGAACAAUUAAUAGAUGCUGGACUCUCUGCGUGAAGAAAACAGUAGGGAGAUGCUAGAGUGUAUUGAUCGUUUUCAUUCUGAACUCCAGAUAUGUUUGGGGCUGUUCAACCCAAGAGUCUAAUAUCAGCAAGUGAAGAAGAGUUAUUGUUGUCCGUUCCAAAAUUAACCUCUUUCUAUGAUGAGUUAUCAGAAGAUGAACUUUUAAAAGAAAUACCAAGGCUUAGAAAACACCUAAAGGAAGCUGAUAUUGAAUUUCACAAAGUCAUGGACUGGUCAGUAUUUGAUGUUUUAAAAUUCAUAGCUGAAUGGGACUUCCUAGAAUCUCUUCCAAUACUGUCGUUAAGCCUUCAAUUAUUUCUUACGAUAUGUGUGUCUGUGGCCUCAUGUGAGCGGAGCUUUUCAAAACUGAGGCUUAUAAACUAUUUACGAUCCACGAUGGGGGAGUCAAGGCUUUCUGAUCUUGCUCUGCUAUUAAUUGAAAGUGAUAGGGUGAAGGAUAUUGAUUUUGAUCGAGUGAUGGACAGGUAUGCAGCUUUGAAGACCAGGAAAGGAAAAUUUUAAGGAAAGUAAAUUUAAUAUAAAAAUAAACAUAACUUAACGUUCCUACAGUUCUUAAAUACAUUGAUCUCAUGACCUACAAUUUAUGUGUAUUUGUUCUUGUCAUUGUUACAAUGUGGACUUAUUUUAACUAAAAAAAAUCUAUCAUGGAAGUUGGGGGGGGGGGGUUGGCACCAUGGGUUUACCGCACCGGGUGACACCACCCCUAGCUNCCUGGUUAUCGGUAUAGCUGUAAAAAUAACCAAGUCAUUUCCAUGUUUUGGACCAAUAAAACACAUUUGCAAGUCAAAUUAUCUCUUUAGUUUUUAACAUAAUAUUUUUGCACUCAUUUAGGCUCCUUAGAGGAGAGGGUCCUUGAUCCAAAGACAAAGAUCAUUUCUUUGUAUCGCGAGAAUUCGAGCGCAACAUAUGUCAUCAAAACCUGGAACGGCUACAAUGUGGAAAUGUCGGUGAAGGUCAUUGGAAAUAUUGCAAGGCAGAGACCAGAGUAUGGUGAAGGGAGGGAUCUUCUCUUAAAAGAGGAAAAAGAGGAAGAUUAUUAGCUUUGGGAUAUAGUAUCAAAUAUUUCUGUCAUAUCAUAUUUAGUUGGGGGUGGGGGGUAAUUAAAACUAUCUAUGAUAUUAUUAAAUAUUAGUGGGAUUUAAUAUUAUCAUAUCUUAGUGGGGUAUUAUCAUAUUUAGUUUACAAUUAUUCAAAAUAUUAUAUGCCUUCAGCCGUUACCAAAUAUUAGUAACAUAUUAUCAUACUUUAGUAGGGUAUUAUAUUUAAUGGGAUUAUAUCAGAUAUAUUCAAAUAUUAUACAAAGUGGGAUAUUAUUAAGUAAUAGUGGGAUAAUAUUAAGCCAAGAAGGAUAGUAUAAGCCAGAUGUUAUCAAAUAAUCGCACACGAUCUAAUAUUUGUGGGAUACUUUAAUAAGAGUAAGAUAUUUUCUAAUAUUAGUGGGAUA